UAGCUCCAGCUCCAAAAGAUCCAACACCCUCUUCUGACUAUCAAGGCUACCAGGCACACAUGCAGUAAAAACACUCAUACGCACUAAAGCAAACAGAACCCCACCAGUAACAACACUGGAUGGAUGCUCUUGGCUUUCAUUGCUGCCUUCGCAUGUGAGGGAGUUGAGGCUCUGAGGCUAGAAUAGCUUAGCUCGUGCCUUCCAUUGAGGAAGGAGCCUGGGAAGAUGCACAGUGAGCCAGGUGGGCCAGUGCCUAGCCUGAGGCCGGACAUUCAGUGUUUGCUCAGUACCUGGGAACAGGCUGUGGCUGCUAAUCAAAGAACUGCUUUGUUCUCAGACCUCAGCACAGGAAAUUCCAAGGUGGUUUUCUAUGCUGGCCUCUCUAGUUUGGUCUCUGGAGGGUCCGGGUACCUAAAAUGACUUGAAGAAGGAACCAGAUAGUCCAGCCUGCCUAUCUGGGUCUCUGAUUAUUGAGGGGGUGGCUGCUACUUGGAGUGGUCUGGGUUGCUUUGGGCUCAAGUGGGCAUUUUCUUUGGCCCAUAGCCCUUACCCUGUCUCUGAAAUGGUUCUGGCUGAAUAACAACCUUGGGGAGUGGGUGGGGGGUGUAAUUUGGUUUGGGGCGGAGACAGGAUUGAGAACACAGUUUUCCUUGUGACUCAGCACAGAGGGAGGGCAGGAGGAGACUGGAGACCCCAUUCCUCACUCGGUCAUUCUCGGUCCAUGAUGGUGUGGUCCCCUGUGCUCGUCGGUGUUGUCUUCCUGUCUGUUUUCCCAGGGCCUAGCGGGGCUGAUCGUGACAUGCCCAAGCUGGCUGACUGGAAGCUGUGUGCAGAUGAGGAAUGCAGCCAUCCUAUUUCCAUGGCUGUGGCCGUUCAGGACUAUGUGGCCCCUGAUUGCCGCUUCUUGACCAUAUACAGGGGCCAAGUGGUGUAUGUCUUCUCCAAGCUGAAGGGCCGUGGGCGGCUUUUCUGGGGAGGCAGUGUUCAGGGAGGUUACUAUGGAGACCUGGCUGCCCGCCUGGGCUAUUUCCCCAGUAGCAUUGUUCGAGAGGACCUGACUCUGAAACCUGCCAAAAUUGAUGUGAAGACAGAUAUUAUGUACCCAGGCUGGCCUCCCAAUCACUAGCCUUCAGCAUCAGCCUCCUGAGGGCUGCUUCGUUUUCAGAAAUGGGAUUUCUACUGCCAGUGAGCUCAACCUGCUGUUGUCCUUGCUGUUUACCUUCUCGACUUCAUGCAAAUACAACAGCCAACUGCAAA